AUGCUCCCCUCAGCCGAGUCCAACUCCAGCCAGUCCUCCUUCGACAGUCCCAUCAGCCAAUUCCCUCCGCAGCAACAUGCCUGGUACCCAGUGCCCGUCCCCCGACGCAGAGAGCUCCCCAAGUUCCCACGCUUCUACUCAACGCCCCUAAACCAAGACCACCCGGACUCAACACCCCUGCAAAUCUACGGCCUCGAAGAGCGCGAGCCCUCCAUCGCCGAACGCCCCCGCCGCUUCCUCCGCUUCUCCCGCGCCCUCGACGACAUCAAAGAAGACUUCAUCUCCCAGCCCAACCCCCGCAACACCGCCGAGGCCAUCCGCGCCCGCCGCCAGUCCACCUUCUCCUCCUUCUUCUUCGACAACAACUCAAACCCGACCCUAAGCCUCAGCAGCAGCAGCGCCGGCCCAGCCUCCGCGUCCGCAAGCGUCUUCCACUCCUCGGGCGCUAGCGUCGCCUCCGGCUCAAUCAGCCCGGAUAGCGACGGUGCUAGCUCUGCCCGCCCGUUUCCCCCGCCGCCGCCAAUCCCCGAGGACGAGACCGACUUGACACGCCGCCCGACGCUGGGGAGACGCUUGAGCCGCCGCCUCUCGCGCCUGAGCUUUUCGCAGCGGAGGGCCAGCUACCGCGCUGGGGGCGCCAGUAUCUCCCAGCCGAAUCUCAUCGGGAGCAGUGCCCAGAUCUAG